CCUCUCCUCCCUCAGCUACGUCCCUGUUUUGGAUCGGGUACCAGUUGCGGUUCUCUGUUCACAAUUAUUUUGUACCGUUUUUCCUUGCGACUGGAGUGUGUCCUCAACACUGGAAUAGGAGAACAGUGUUUAUUAAGUGACAUUUUAUUUGUUAUUCGUCUGCAGGAACAUAACCAUGUCUAGUCAAGAACUUACAGAAAAAAGUUCUAAAACACUGGAGGAUGUUCAUGUCGUUACAGAGGAGCUCAAGAAUCUGUACUACAAGAGGCUACUGCCCAUAGAGAAACACUACAGCUUCCAUCAUCUUCACUCCCCCAGCUUUGAGGAUGCAGAUUUUGACAACAAACCAAUGAUUUUAGUCAUGGGUCAAUACUCAACCGGAAAAACUACUUUCAUCAAGUAUCUCUUAGAGCAAGACUUCCCAGGAAGCAGAGUUGGACCAGAGCCUACUACCGACUGUUUCACUGCCAUUAUGCAUGGGGAAGUGGAAGGUAUAAUCCCAGGGAAUGCCCUAACAGUAGAUCCAAAAAAGCCCUUUCGGAAACUCAACCCUUUCGGAAAUGCCUUCCUUAACAGAUUUCAAUGUGCCCAGCUGCCAAAUCAGAUCCUGGAAAGCAUCAGCAUUAUUGACACUCCAGGCAUCCUGACUGGGGCUAAAAAGAAAAUGAGUCGAGGUUAUGAUUUUCCAGCAGUGUUGCGCUGGUUUGCGGAACGUGUGGAUCGCAUCAUCCUCUUGUUUGACGCGCACAAGCUCGAGUUUUCCGAUGAGCUUACCCGUGCCUUCGGAGCGCUGCGUGGCAACGAGGACAAGCUGCGCGUUGUGUUGAACAAGGCAGACAGGGUUGACUCUCAGCAGCUGAUGCGGGUGUAUGGCGCCCUCAUGUGGUCGCUGGGGAGAGUGUUUCGGACCCCUGAGAUACUCAGAGUUUACAUCACCUCUCUCUGGUCAGAGCCACGCCUGUUGUCUGACCACUGCCAACUGCUUGAGGUGGAGGAAGAGGCUCUCUUGACAGAUAUCAGGAACCUGCCUCGCAAUGCGGCCAUACGCAAACUCAAUGAUCUGGUGAAAAGGGCACGCUCCGUUAGGGCACAUGCACACAUCAUCAGCCACCUGAAGCAAGAGAUGCCUACACUCUUUUGCAAAGAUAGCAAGAAACAUAGCCUGAUCUACGACCUCCCUCUUAUCUUCUCAAAGAUCCAGCAGCAUCAUCGGGUCCCUGCGGGUGACUUCCCUGACUGUGGCAAGAUGCAGGAAAAACUCAUGAGCCAAGAUUUUACAAAGUUCAAGACACUCAAAUCCAGCUAUAUGGCUUCCUUAGACAAGUUACUGUCCACUGACAUUGCAAAGCUGAUGCCCUUCCUGCAUCAGCAGGAGGUGAAGAAGGAGUUUCUGCCAGUGAUGAUGGACAGUGACUUUUUGGGAACCUUCAAACCUGUCUACAAGAGAGAUCCAUUUGAGGACGCAACUGAGAGUGGGGAGGGGAGCGUGGUACGGGUAGAUGAGUGGGUGGUGGCUCGAGAUAAACCGAAAUAUGAUGAGAUAUUCUACAAUCUCUGUCCGAAUGAUGGGAAACUGAGCAGCACUAAGGCCAAAGAAUGGAUGGUCAGCAGCAACCUGCCGCACACUGUUCUCGGCCAUAUCUGGAAGCUGUCAGAUGUAGACUGUGAUGGAAUGCUUGAUGAUGAGGAGUUUGCCUUGGCAAUCUACCUCAUUGAGGGAAGGGUGGAGGGCCACAGGCUACCUCAAGAGCUGCCUGUACACCUGGUGCCACCCUCCAAACGCCUACACCAAAAAUUGGAAUUAUAGUCACUGUCUGAUACAUUCAUUUGGGAAAGUUUCAAGGCUUUGUCACAAAAGAAAAUACGGUCAACUUUACUUGGAUGAACACACGUUUAUAUAAUAUUGUACAAUACAAUUUGUAUUAAAUCUAGCAAAACGAUAAUAACAGUUAUGCACUUAUUUAGCACAUUUACAAUUACAUUUAGUUAAGAUACGCGAAUAUGAGUGCCUUUUACAGUAUGUUGAAGUAACAGUAGGCUUACCAUCGGACAGUCACACUAGCCUACUCGACACAGUUUAGAUGUUCAUUGACUGCAUCGGUAUCUUGAAAAUAGCAUGAAGUUCAGUGUGUAGUAAGCAGUGAUACAAGUUAUACAACAGGGAUUCACGGACAUGCUGGAUAAGUCGUGAUAUAUGGAAAUACAAUCUUUUGACUUGUGGAAAUGGCAUGCCUCGCGGCGAUUUUUAUUUGAAUGUAUUUAGGCUGUUCAUCGUGUUCAUCUGAAUGUGUUUGUUCCCACAACGAGAUUGUUAUGAUCACAUCAGGCGGUAACCGUAGUGAUCUCCCUCGGACAAACUAUGGACUAAAGACGGGGGAGAAACUCUGGAGAGCCUUCGCCAUAUAGAUUGUCAGGGCGCCACAGGAUCACAAAUCGCGCAUGUAUCGAAUUAAACCGCAGCUCCUCCCUUGGCGUCGACCAUAGGCGUUGACAGAGAAACGUCACGUGAUGACAACGCUAAAACUAGGAGAUCGAAUUCAUCAACCAAACCAUUAUGUUUAAAUUGAAGGGGUUGCCAAAAUCUGGCUUGUACGUUAUUAGACUAUUAUGAAAUGUUUAAAAUGUGAAAAUAAAUGUAUGUAUGCAAAAU